AGAGAGAGAGAGAGAGAGAGAGAGAGAGAGAGAGAGAGAGAGAGAGAGAGAGAGAUGCGCUACAGACACGAUCGUCAUCUCUAUCGCAUCACUGACUUACCAGCUACCGCAAAGACACGGAUAUGCGAUAGUCGCGUCAUUCGCCAUCAAAUAUUGCGUUCAGCAUCGUUUGCAAGGAUGAAUGUGUGUUGAGAAGGCAUUUCGCAGCAGCAGGGCCAGAGAAACGGCUAAAGCGAGUAGCAGCGGCGUUAGCGCUUGGAGGAGGACCCAUUCCUGCACACCACAGACCGCAAUGAUUGGACACAGCCUGUCUCGAUCAGCCAACUCUUAGUUCUGCUGCACCUGAUCGGACGACUGCAUGAUUGAGAGCUGAUCAUUGCCACAGUUGCCAUGACUUGGAAACACUCCUGAUACAGAGAUGGAGAAAAAGAAACCAUGUCCCCGCCUACUGGACUACUUGGUGGUAGUUGGAGCCAGACAGCCCAGUAGUGACAGCGUGGCACAAACACCACAGCUGCUGAGGCGCUAUCCACUGGAGGACCACACCGACUUCCCUCUGCCACCUGAUGUCGUCUUCUUCUGCCAGCCUGAAGGCUGCCUGAGCAUGCGUCAGCGUCGGGUCAGUCUCCGUGAUGACACCUCUUUCGUCUUCACCCUUACUGACAAAGACUCGGGCAUCACCCGCUAUGGAAUCUGCCUCAACUUUUACCGCUCUUUUCAGAAGGGGCACCACCGGACACGAUCAGAGGGAAAAGGAGACAAGGCCCCUCAGACAGACCCUGCAGUGGAGGCCACAGACAAAUCUGACCCCUCCACAUUGAAACUCCCUGGGGAAUCCACAGUGCCCCCUACAGAAGAAGGGACUUUGCCAGGCGAGCUGGGCAGUGGUGGAAAGUCGCCUCGGUCUAAACGCAUUGCCCGACUGGCACCACAGAACCGGAACAGCACGUUAACAUCUCUGUGUAUUCUGUGCCAUUAUCCUUUCUUCUCCACAUUCAGGGAGUGUCUGUACAUCCUCAAACGCAUGGUGGACUGCUGUAGCCAGCGGCUCAACCAGAGACCUGGUGCUCCUAAGGUUGCACAACGGGACACAAUGUGGCGUGUAUUCACAGGCGCUCUCUCCGUAGAGGAAAAGGAGAAGGGUAGUCAGGUGCUACAGGACCUUAGGGAGAUCGAGUCAUGGGUGUAUCGGCUGCUGCACUCUCCUGUGCCUGUUGCCGGUCAGCGACGCGUUGACGUAGAAGUUCUCCCCCACGAGCUGCAGCCUGCACUGUCCUUUGCCCUUCCAGACCCCUCUCGAUUCAGUAUUGUAGACUUCCCACUUCACCUGCCCCUGGAGCUGCUGGGGGUAGAUGCCUGUCUGCAGGUCUUGGCCUGCAUUCUGUUGGAGCACAAGGUGGUACUGCAGUCUCGAGAUUAUAACGCCCUCUCUAUGAGUGUCAUGGCAUUUGUUGCAAUGAUUUACCCCCUUGAGUAUAUGUUUCCUGUCAUUCCACUGUUGCCUACCUGCAUGGCCUCCGCAGAACAGCUCCUGUUAGCACCCACACCAUAUGUUAUUGGCGUGCCUGCCAGUUUUUUCCUGUACAAGGCUGACUUUAAGAUGCCUGAUGAUGUUUGGUUAGUGGAUCUGGACUGCAACAAGGUCAGUGCUCCUAGCAACGCAGAAAUGAUCCCUCCUUUACCUGAGCCUGAGGCCUCAGAACUGAAGAAACACCUGAAACAGUGUCUGGUUAGGUUGACUCUGAUCACCCAAAAGCAGAUCUUCGCCUCCGAUUCGAAGGCUCUGGCAAGCAUGAGUCUGAACACUCAGCCCAUUCUGAACCUGGAGAAAUUUCAAGAGGGACAGGAGCUCCCUCUGUUGCCACCUGGCCGUGACAAAGCCUCCCCCUCCUCCACUGAGUUCAAUCCACUCAUCUACGGCAAUGAUGUAGACUCUGUGGAUGUAGCCACAAGAGUAGCGAUGGUGAGGUUCUUCAACUCUCCAAAUGUGCUGCAAGGGUUCCAGAUGCACACACGCACUCUGCGUCUCUUCCCCCGGCCCGUGGUUGCGUUCCAGGCUACGUCUUUUCUGGCUUCUCGGCCACGCCGAAAUGGAUUCACAGAAAAGCUCUCACACACCCAGGCAGUGGAGUACUAUGGAGAGUGGGCUCUCAACCCCACCAACUUGGCUUUCCAAAGGAUACAUAACAAUGUGUACGACCCCUCUCUGAUAGGCGAUAAGCCUAAGUGGUAUGCACACCAGUUACAGACAGUAUUUUACCGUGUGUAUGAUGGAAACUCUCAACUGGCGGAGGCAUUGAGUGGGCCACUGCAGGAUGAGACCAACGAUUCAGACCCUACAGAUGACAGUGGCAGUGGCAGUGACAGUGACAGAGACAGUGAAGCAUGUGAUGACUCCAGUUCUUCCUACUCGUCUCUUGGAGACUUUGUGAAUGAGAUGAUCAAAGGAGACAUACAGGGCGACACGCCAAAUCUUGACCCUCUGACCCAUGCUGCACUGGGGGAUGCUAAUGAGGUAGAGAUCCAUGACUUCCAGGAGUAUAAGGGAGAGAGUGGGGAACAUGACCCAGAGCCAGAGGGCCCUUCAGAGGCCACAGAAAGCCAGCCGCUCCGCUCCAGCUCCAGCACCACGGCCAGUUCCAGUCCCAGUACUGUCAUACAGGGAAUCAACCAUGAGCAGAAGCAACCUAUUGAGGUGGAGGUGUCUGCAAGUGUGGCUCUCCAGAACUCAGCUCCAGUAUUGGGCGCUUCACCUUUCACAAGACCCGCCCCUGAGCCAGACCCUGUGGACUCAGCCAAUAAGAAACGACAGUAUGAUAACCCCUAUUUUGAGCCCCAGUAUGGCUUCCCUUCAGAGGACGAUGUAGAAGCAGAAGAACAGGAAGAGAGUUACACACCACACUUCAACCAGAAUCUCAAUGGCAACAAGCCAUCUCGGCCGCUGAGACCCAGCAGUCUGAAGCUUCCGGGUGAAUCUGAUGGUGAGGGAGAUUCCAAAAAUAGCUCUCCAAACUCCACCAUUUCCAACAACAGCAACGAUGGCUUCGGGGGACUCAUGUCCUUCGCCAGUAACCUGUAUAAAAACCAUGGGACCAGUUUCAGUCUCUCCAGUCUGGCCCUGCCUAAUAAGGCACGAGAGAAGAACACUCCCUUCCCCAGCCUCAAAGUAUUUGGGCUAAAUUCUCUAAUGGAGAUUGUAACAGAGAUCGGCCCAGGGAGCGGAGAAGGUGCCCGAGCUCCCCGAGCACUGGUAGAUCAGAAAUCCUCUGUUAUUAAACACAGCCCCACCGUCAAGAGAGAGUCUCCAUCUCCUCAGGGCAGAGCCAACAAUACUAGUGAGAACCAGCAGUUUCUGAAGGAGGUCGUCCUGAGCGUGCUGGAUGGGCAGGGUGUGGGCUGGCUGAACAUGAAGAAAGUGCGCCGCCUGCUGGAGAACGAACAGCUGCGCGUCUUUGUGCUCAGCAAACUCAACCGUGUUGUCCAAUCAGAGGAGGAUGCUCAGCAGGAAGUUAUAAGAGAUGUGGAGAUCAACAGAAAGGUGUAUAAAGGCAUGUUGGACUUAUUGAAGUGCACAGUGUCCAGUUUGGAGCACUCCUACACUAAUGCUGGGCUGGGAGGCAUGGCCAGUGUGUUCAGCCUUUUAGAGAUAGCACGCACCCACUACCAAACCAAAGACCCAGAGAAGCGGAAACGGAGCCCCACAGAUGGGGUGAGCAGCCCAGGCAGUAAGGAGAGCCCAUCGGGCCGAAUGGAGAGCGCCAGGGCAGCAGGCGUGCUUAUAGUACCACGUAUCCAGUUGCCACACCCCUCCUCUGGGAAGGCAUCACGGCAGUUUGAUACCCGGAGUCUGAACGAGGAGAAUUUUAUUGCAUCCAUUGAAUUGUGGAGCAAGCACCAGGAUAACAGAAAGCAAAAAGCUUUGGAAAAAGAACAGAGGGCUGAUCGAGCAAAACAGUGUCUAGAAGGUGGUGACACUGAGGAAAAGAAAUCUCAGAUCAGUGCUGACAGUGGCUUCAGUGUGACUUCUGGCUCACAGAAGAGUGAUACAGAUUCCCUGGUGAGCUCAGAGCCUCCUGCUUUGACAAGAAGCACAAGCCAGGAUUCAGAGGCCAGCACAGUGGUGAGUAACAGCUCAGGUGAGACCCUGGGUGCAGACAGUGACCUGAGCAGCACUGCUGGAGAUGGCCUGACAGGAAGACACGCUCCCCAUCUAAACCUGUCCCGCAGCACACUGUCUGACAGCGAGAUAGAGACCAACCCUGCAACCAGCUCUGUGUUUGGCAAGACCCAUAAGCUGAAGCCAGGAGUGAGGGAACCUGUGGGUGUUAAUAAGGGAGUACCAGCUUCGCCCCUUGAGGAUGUUAGCAUGAGGAUCUACCUAUGUGAAGGGCUGCUGGGGCGAGAUAAGAGCUCUGUUUGGGACCAACUGGAGGAUGCUGCCAUGGAAACCUUUUCUCUGAGCAAGGAGCGCUCUACCCUGUGGGACCAGGUGCAGUUCUGGGAGGAUGCCUUCCUGGAUGCAGUAAUGUUGGAAAGGGAAGGAAUGGGGAUGGAUCAGGGACCACAAGAAAUGAUUGACAGGUACCUGUCUUUGGGAGAUCAUGACCGCAAGAGACUAGAGGACGAUGAAGACCGAUUACUGGCCACUCUCCUGCACAACAUGAUUGCCUACAUGCUUAUGAUGAAGGUCAAUAAGAAUGACAUCAGGAAGAAAGUCCGGCGUCUUAUGGGGAAAUCUCACAUCGGCCUUGCACACAGCCAGGAGGUCAAUGAAGUCCUGGACCGCCUCGCACAUUUGAGUGGCCGGGAACUUCCCACCAGGCCAAGCGGCAGCCGGCACAUUAAGAAGCAGACAUUUGUUGUGCAUGCUGGGACUGAUACCACUGGAGACAUAUUUUUCAUGGAGGUAUGUGACGACUGCAUCGUCUUGCGCAGUAACAUUGGCACAGUAUAUGAGCGUUGGUGGUAUGAGAAGCUCAUAAAUAUGACCUACUGCCCCAAGACCAAAGUAUUGUGUCUGUGGAGGAGGAACGGCCAGGAGACACAGCUUAACAAGUUCUACACCAAGAAGUGUCGGGAACUUUACUAUUGUGUGAAAGACAGCAUGGAGCGUGCUGCUGCACGACAACAAAGCAUCAAACCAGGUCCAGAGCUGGGAGGGGAGUUUCCAGUUCAGGAUAUGAAGACAGGAGAGGGUGGUCUCCUUCAGGUCACGCUGGAAGGCAUCAACCUGAAAUUCAUGCACAGCCAGGUUUUCAUAGAGCUGAGUCACAUUAAAAAGUGCAAUACAGUGAAAGGAGUCUUUGUCCUGGAGGAGUUUGUUCCUGAAACUAAAGAAGUGGUGAUCCAUAAGUACAAGACUCCUAUGGCACAUCAGAUCUGUUACUCGGUGCUCUGUCUCUUCUCCUACAUGGCGGCAGUCAAAGGGAAAGAGGCAGACGGCAAGCCCAAGAUGCUGUCCCCGCGACCACUACCAAGCUAGUAGAGCACACUUCUCUCCUACAAUUACUACAGCCUGCUCCUGAAAUCUCUGCAAUACACCUGUUCUGUGCAACCCGACCCUCCGGCCAAGCUGCUUUUUUAAGACCUCUGCUUCUGUACUGAUUCUUGAAUGUAGAUGUAUUUGCGUAUUCUAAACAUUUGUCCUUAAAGAACCGCCUUGCCGUAUAAAUAUCUGAUACACAUACCUGAUAUAAUGUUCCAUCUCAGUCUGUGGACCUUGACCCCAAAAUGGUGGUGUCCUCAUAAUAUGGACACUAACCAGGACAAGAACACUAUUGGUUGAUGUCCUCACAUUUACACUCUUUUCUUUUUUUUUUUUUUUUUAACCUUAUUUUGAUCAGAGGCAUUUGGCUGCAUGCAGGUCACAUGCACAGCUCUUGUGAGUUGGCAAACUCACUCACCUCUAUCUCCCUCUCCAACACCUCGAAUAUCAGUCCACAGACUGUGUAAUUAAUAUUUAUGUGCUUAUUGUACUGUAAAUUGCAGUCUGUUCUGUCUGUGGUGGCUGAAUUGUUACAAAGUCUUGGCGAUCUAGCGCUGCCACGUAUGAGGGGUUUGCCUUAACCGUCCGCGACGGAGAAGCUGUCCCAUUCGUAAAUGUUCCAUUUGCCCUUCACCUGCUGUAAGUGGUGUAUGUAUUUCUUUAGUUCUACUACGUGAGGCUCAAACUACUGUACUACUUCUGCUGUGAAGUUCCCUGUCUGUGAACUGCUGUUAAAUUGCAUGUCACUUUAAGAAACAAAAAAUUAAUAAUAUUAAAAAUAAAUAAAAAAUAAAUACUGUACAUCUCUAAAGCAAUGUUGAAAAUUUACAAAAAUGUUAAACACUGUAGUUUGUUUUCUAGAUGUGCAAUACUUUCACUGGUAGGUCCUAAGAACAAAUCCAGUCAUUUCCAUAGCGUUCAUCCACUGUUCUCCAGUGUUCAUAAUGAGGAGACCAGAGUAAGGCAAUGGAUCCGGCAUCAAUUCCAUUAUUUCGGUUUGUUUGUUGUUUUUUUGUUUUGUUUUUUGACACUAUCAAAAAAGGCAUUAUUGAUCUAGAAAACACUGCAUUUGGAGAUUGUUCAUUUAUGAUGGAAAAGUAUACUGAAGUCUUGUGUCCUGCUGCUGAUAAUGUUGUCUGUACCAAAAUGUCCUAUUCCUGCUUGUGUAUGUGUUAGAAACCGAAAGAUGGCAAAAGAGUGUCUGUUUAUUGAAGUGCACAUUGUCUCAGAUCAUCUUUCUUAAUGACUACUAGAUGGGAAAUACAGCUGUCAUUUACAUAUUUUAACAUCCUUUUAUGUUUAGCUCACAUUUUUAAUAGAUUUACAUGUAUGAAUGUGCACACAACAACAGAGCGGAUUGUUUUGCAUCUCAAUUAAAUUCAGUUGUUGUAUGCAGACUUUAAAUGAACUUUAAAAGCCCACUCUGUUGGUUUAGAGAUGUAAAUAGCAAAAAACUGAUUUCCCAUGGUCCAAGUCUCCAAGUGCAGAUGAUUUGAGCUGGACAGCAGAUCAGGUCUGUAGUUUGAAAGUGUGAGAGAGAUACAGUUGCACAUGUUUAUCUAGGCUUUCCUUUUUGUCUGCGUGUUGUUUGGAACAAUAGGAAAAGGAAAAAUAAGACAGUGGAUGUAAAUAUUUCAGCAUUUAAAGAAAAUAUUUAUAGAACCUGUACAGCUUUGGCAAUAUGAAAAUAAAAUAUGUCCAACCCAAAUGUGUGGCUGUAGGUCAUCUUGGAUCAGUUAAACGUGGCACUGUCCAUUUAUGUUAAAUAAUGUAAUUGAAUCACUUAAUAGAAAUACAUUUUCUGUCUAAACAAUUAUGGCUGCUAUCUAAAAAUCAAAGCAACAUCAAAUACAAAAGUAGCUUUAGAUAAUGCAUAGUGAUAUUUAUAUUGUGUAAUAUAUUCUUUGCUAUAAUAAUAGCCUACCAAUGCUAUAUUAUACCGCCCUCUACUUUUUUCUCGCAGUAGAUUUUGAUUUGAUUGCGGUUUCAAGUUUUGAAAUUGUGUUUUAAUCAGUUUUGUUCAGAGUGAAAGUUCAUAUUAGCUACACAUUCAAGAACACUUGCCUGUAAAACAGAAUGCAGACUGCAACAGGUCACUAUAAUAUCUGCAGUGGUAUGCUACAAACCCAAAACUAGACUGGUUUCAAAUAGAAUGUAAUGUAAGAUAUCGAAUAGACCUUAUUCACAGCAGCGCCAUCUUUGGUUUUUGAUGGGAAUGACAAUGAGGCUGUGAGGGAUAGAGACAUACAGUCUCUUCAGUGGGUUGUACUGUUGUUCAGGGGCGUAACUACAGGGAGGGCAGCCGACCUUGUGCUUGGAGUGAGAGGGAGCCCAUGACGGUCGACCAAAAGGAACCAUAAAAACAACCUUGUCCUGAAGGGCGAUGAAAAAUGACCGAGGGGGCCUGACAGAUUCUUUGCACUGGGGCCCGUAAGACCCAAGUUACACCACUGCUGUUUAAAGUGUUUUUGGAUCGAUUCCAUUGAAAAAAUAUCUUUCCAAGAAAUUUCAGUAAACAAAAAACUCCAGACAACAUGAUUUGUGGAAAGUUCGAUUUGAUUUAGCAGCUUUUUGAUAGCUUUAUACAAUGCUUGUAAUUGAAGAGGCAGUAAGUUUAUCCCUCACAGCCUCAUUUUCAUUCCCGUCAAAAAUCAAAGAUGCCACUACUAUGAAUGAGGUCUAUAGAUAGAUAUAUAUCUAUACACUGGGGGCCAAAAGUUUGGAAUAAUGUACAGAUUUUGCUGUUUCGGAAGGAAAUUGGUACUUGAAUCCACCAAAGUGGCAUUCAACUGAUCACAAAGUAUAGUCAGGACAUUACUGAUGUAAAAAACAGCACCAUCACUAUCUGGAAAAAGUUAUUUUUGAUCAAAUCUAGACAGGCCCCAUUUCCAGCAGCCAUCACUCCAACACCUUAUCCUUGAGUAAUCAUGCUAAAUAGCUAAUUUGGUACUAGAAAAUCAUUUGCAAUUAUAUCAAACACUGCUGAAAGCUAUUUGGUUCAUUAAACGAAGCUUAACAUUGUCUUUGUGUUUGUUUUUGAGUUGCCACAGUAUGCAAUAGACUGGCAUGUCUUAAUGUCAAUAUUAGGUCAAAAAUGGCAAAAAAGAAACAGCUUUCUCUAGAAAAUUGUCAGUUAAUCAUUGUUUUGAGGAAUGAAGGCUAUACAAUGCUUGAAAUUGACAAAAAACUGAAGAUUUCAUAAAAAGGUGUACACUACAGUCUUCAAAGACAAAGGACAGCUGGCUCUAACAAGGACACAAAGAGAUGUGGAAGGCCAGAUGUACAACUAAACAAGAGGAUAAGUACAUCAGAGUCUCUAGUUUGAGAAAUAGAUGCCUCACAUGUCCUCAGCUGACAGCUUCAUUGAAUUCUACCCACUCAACACCAGUUUCAUGUACAACAGUAAAAAGAAGACUCAGGGGUGCAGGCCUUAUGGGAAGAAAAGAAAAGAAAAACAAAAAGAAAAGGUUAGAGUGGGCAAAGAAACACAGACAUUGGACAACAGAUAAAUGUGAAAUGCCACCUGAGUAUCUGGAAAAACUGACAGCAAGAAUGCCAAGGAUCUGCAAAGCUGUCAUUGCUGCAAAUGGAGGAUUUUUUGAUGAGAACUCACUGAUCUCAGUGAUUUGGACAGUGGCAUGAUUGUUGGUGCCAGAUGGACUGGUUUGAAUAUUUCUGUAACUGCUGAUCUCCUGGGAUUUUCACUUUCAGGAUCACAUGAGAACUAGGUAGAUGUUUAUGUUAUAACCAGUAUUGUGUAGUGUCAUUUUCAAACCACUUCCAUUAUGUCCAUGACUAUAAUAAAAGGGCUUUGAUGCCUGAGGUGUGGAAAUAUGAUUUGUUGGAGGUUAAAUGUGUGUGUAUUGUGGUGUAUUCAGACAAUUAAUCAAAUGUAGUUGACAUUUUUUUUCCAAUUUGAAAUAUUACCGAAUCCCAGGAAACACCCAAAAAUAAAGUCAUCUGAGUAUAUUAAUGUAUUUUAUUGUCAUUUUGAAAAAACAAAAUCAUGUCAGAAUCCUGCCAAUACAUUAAAACACGUACAAAGCAUUUUUAUAAACACUGACUUAAUAUUAUAGCAUCUUUAAAUGCAAGCCCAGUGAAAGACGAUUCAUGGUCAUAAUCCUGUGCUGUUUAAAAAUCAAUAUUGUCAGUUGUCCAUACAAAACUAUGAAGCUAUAUCAGGUUUGUAGCUUACAGUAUAUACUUGAUAUAGGCUAAAGCUUCAUGUUUAGCUACAAUUUUAGCUACAUGGGCUAUAUUUGCAUUGUUAUUGCAUUUGUACAAAUUGGCAAUUGGCCAUUUUUUUCUUUUAAAAUAGGUAAACUAUUUAAAGCUGAAGUGAAUAAUGUCUGCACCACUAGCAUUACUAAAAGGAAUUGCAAAAAUAAACUGUUUUUAAACUGCUUUCUGAAUACGGGGUUAAUCGAACAAACAGAUAGUCCCGCCCCCAACUCCCACCAUUGGUCGAGUCAAUGUUGUUGUGUCAGACUAGACAGGUCACUCAAAACAAAUAUUUCAGAGCACCACAGAGACAGAGUUUACUGUUUUCGAGAAAAUUAACCUACGAAUAGCUUAAGCUGGGAUAGGAGAACGUAAUUUAAAAGAAAAAUGUACACACUUUUGCUUUAAAGCUGAAGCAUGUCAUUUCUGCGACACCAGCGUCACCGAACGGAAUUGCAGAAAUACAAAAUGUUUCAAAAAAGUUUCUGCAAUAUGCCCCUCGCCUGCAGUUGUUCAAACAGUCAAAUAGUCCCACCCCCAGUUAACACCAUUGGUUGAGUAUUGUUGUUGGAGCAAGUCUAAGUGGGUCGCAUAAAACAGGAAUUUUUAUAGCGCCACAGUGACACAGUGUUUACAGUUUUUGAGAAAAUUAACCUAUGAUUGGCUAACUUAUAGUUGUCUCUGCAUAUUAAGCAUGGACAGAAGAAAGUAUUUUAACACUGAAAAAAGUUACAUACUUCAGCUUUAAAGCCUUCAGUUUGAAAGAGCUUAAUGUCUACUAGUAUCCUAGUAGUAUUCCAUCUCUCUAUAUCAAAAUGGAGAUGUUAUUAAAUGAAAAAAAAAAAAAUACAUAAA